AUGGAUGAUUUCGCACUGAAGAAAGCGUUCAAGAGACGAACAUACACUGCUGGGCAAUGCACUCAAGCUAUUCGUGGCCUUGGGAUUCCUCAAUCGCUGGGCUCCCCGGCAUCCCGUGCUUGUGUUGCGCGCGGAAUACGCUACCAUCCAGGAUUUGCACUUGAACUCCAAUGCAAACAUGAUCAAGAUCGAUUCUUUACCCGGGCCAUAAAUGCUCGACGCAUCAUGAGCAAUGAAAUUCCCAAUUUGCAGAAUGCUCGCGAGAUUCCAUAUUGCAUCUGGUACCCGGAAACUGCCAAUGAAGCCACGUACCGAGCCCUGGUUCUUCAAUAUCCCUCCCUUAAAUACCAUGUCGGCAGAGCGUGUGCUGUAGCAGGAUAUACCGAUCUGUAUCGGGAGCUGGAUCUGCUUCCUGAGGCCCAUAUCGCCGAGGAGGCUCGCGACAAUGGCAGCAAUGCUAUAUUCGAGAUGAUCAUGGCGAGUCCGGUUAGGUAUCGAGUGAUGAACGACUACACUCGCACAGUCAAUUUGGAGAAUCCUCCUGUGGGUGGUCUCAAUGGAGAUACCGCCGUCCGGUCCUUUCUAGAGAGAAAGCAAAGACAUAGCGGUCUUGCUAACCGUCCAGGACUGAAGGAUUUAUUAUGGAAUAUCACCGAAGAUAUGAACGUGGAUGAGUUUGACUCGGAGCAACCACCUAUACAGGAUGUGUCGGAAUUUCUUUAUACACCCCUACCAUUCGAUUUACCAAAUAUUGAUAAAGACCUUCUUAUUCUAAUGGCCGCCUGGAAUGGCGAUGUGGAUCGAUACAGCCGUUUGCGUCGCCAUGUCAUGAUCGAUAAAGAGUUCGCAUGUGUGAUUCACGGAAUCUGCCACCAAACGUUGUUCGCUAAGUGGUGGUCAAUACAAGCCCCAUUGGAAGACAAAAGGAAAAACAAGCGUCUACAACGCGCGAUCACCGCACGAUUUAUCAUGAGCAACGACUUAUCGCGCAUUCCGUUAAGACCGGCCUUUGAAAUUCCCCCACCCCCUCAACCUCACCGGGAGCCUCACGACAAUGCGUUCUCUCAAGAAUUUCCAUCCUGCAUUUGGUACCCCAAUCUUGCCGAACCAGAGACCUAUCGCGAACUCGCCUAUCGGGAGCCUCGUAUGGCAUUAACGGUAGCACGUGCCUGCAUUAUUGCGAAUUACCAGGCUGUCUAUCAAACUCUCGAUUUCUUCCCAACACGUGCUCUCAUCCGUGAAGCCGAACAACAGCCUAGCACCUUUUAUACCAACGAUCUCAAAUGCCGGGCCGAGCGACAUGGUGGAAUUCUUGAUACUGCCGAAGGCAGCAACUGGGAAGAGCACUCAAUGGUCGAAAACAUGAGACUGUUCAAUACAAAGUUGAGCGAGGUGACUACAGCUGAUGACAUAGACAUGUACCCCUCUGGAAUUUUCAAUGGAGAAGAGGCACCCGACGUAGGCACUAUCCUGCUGAACGUGUGCGCCCCUAGUAGUGUCAAAUCUGGAUAUACAGCCACCCCGUUGAGUGAGGUUUACACGGCGGCGGGGGCGCCGCUGAAGAUGCCAUUGGGUAUUGAUGCAGAUUUGCCAGCUCGUGGAUACCUUGGAACAGCCCUUAUCUACAAUAAUAGGCCCUGGGUCCCUCACUCGCCUGACGAAGAAAGGGAUUCCGAAUGA